AUGGCUGCGGACUUCGAACCGUCAGCCGGCUUCAUCCCAUCUCUUUACAAACCCCCGGCCUUAUUACCGAUCUCAGAGCAUCGGGAAAGCCUACUAUAUGUGAUAGAGACGCAUGCAGUUACAAUAGUUCUAGGGCAGACGGGCAGUGGAAAGACCACCCAAUUGCCACAAUUCUUGAACCAGGCAGGAUGGUGCGCAAACGGCAAGCAAAUCGCGGUGACCCAGCCUCGUAGAGUAGCUGCUACAACAGUUGCAGCGCGAGUAGCUGAAGAAAUGAGGUGCACUCUAGGCCUGGAAGUGGGAUAUUCCAUUCGGUUCGAGGAUGUCACUUCUGCUGCGACUCGAAUUAAGUUUCUGACAGAUGGUCUUUUGCUGCGAGAAGCUCUUGUAGAUCCUUUGCUGACCCGUUACUCUGUGAUAAUGGUGGAUGAAGCCCAUGAGCGCUCAAUUAGUACCGAUAUUCUUCUUGGAGUGUUAAAAAAGAUCAUGAAAAAGAGACCCGAGUUACGAAUUAUAAUCAGUAGUGCAACUCUUCAGGCCGAAGAAUUUCUUCGAUUUUUUUCAGGAGAUCCCGUUGGCUCCAGCACUGAGACAGUCGACGAUGUAGGCAAGAUUGUUAGUCUCGAGGGCAGAAUGUACCCUGUUGAUCGCCUUUUCCUGGAAACCCCAACUGAAGAUUAUGUUGAAAGAGCAUUUAAAACAGUAUGCGACAUACACACCCAAGAACCUAAAGGAGAUAUUUUGUUAUUUCUUACUGGAAGGGAAGAAAUCGACAUUGCAAUCCAGAGGAUAUCCGAAUACGCCGCUACAUUAGAUGCUAAUGCGCAGCAAUUACUCCCAUUACCACUCUAUGCCGGACUUACAACAGAGCAACAGCUUUAUGUUUUUGAACCCGCUCCAGACAACACUAGGAAAGUAAUCGUUUCCACCAACAUCGCUGAAGCAUCCGUCACCAUUGAAGGGAUUUUGUAUGUUAUUGAUUGUGGCUUCGCAAAACUUCGCGCAUACAAUCCGGAUACAGGUAUUGAGUCUCUUACAUCAGUCCCUAUAUCAAAAGCAUCCGCGACACAACGAGCUGGCCGUGCUGGUAGAACAAAACCUGGCAAAUGUUUUCACCUUUACACCAAGCAAGCCUUUGAUUCUCUCCCAGAGGUAGGCGUGCCGGAAAUUCAACGCUCAAAUCUUGCACCUGUUGUCCUCCAGCUUAAAGCAUUGGGGAUUGACAACAUUGUCCGGUUUGACUUCUUUACCCCGCCUCCCUCUGAACUACUCGCUCGCGCUUUUGAGUUAUUAUACUCAUUGGGGGCCGUGGAUGAAUAUGCAAAGCUCACAAAGCCACUCGGAAUUCGGAUGGCAGAGCUUUCCGUGGAACCCAUGAUGGCAAAGGUCUUACUAAAUGCCUCGUCUCUAGGCUGUUUGAGCGAAAUGCUAUCCAUUGCCGCCAUGACUAGUCUUCAAGGAUCUGUGUGGUUCCAACGGGACGACAACAAGAAGUCCGGGGAAGCCUCUCGACGAAAGUUUGCCGCCGAAGAAGGCGACCAGAUAACGUACUUGAAUGUGUACCAGGCCUUUGUUACCAAAGGUAAGAAGGAUCCGAAAUGGUGCCGGGAUAAUUCUCUCAACUAUAAGUCUAUGCAAAAGGCUGUAAGCAUUCGUGCGCAACUCAAGAGAUAUUUAGAUCGAUUUGGCAUUUCGGUUGAAGAAACCCUAUCUUCUCAUCGCCCUCAGGCUAUUGUUACCGCUGAAAAAAUUCAACGCUGUCUCACCACCGGCUAUUUUGCCCAUGCCGCUAGAAUGCAACCUGACGGUACUUUCGAGAGUGUGAGCGGAGGGCUUACACUCCAUGCGCAUCCAAGUUCGUUGUUAUUUAACCGAAAGGCAGAGUGGGUGAUUUUCCAUGAGAUUCUACAAGCUGGAGAUAAAAUCUUCAUUCGAGAUAUUACGAAGAUCGAGAAAUCCUGGCUUAUCGAAUAUGCUUCUACCUAUUAUCAAGUGAAAGGGUAA